AUGGCUCAGACAAAAAGCAUCCGGCGACGCUCAGGACCUCUUACCCCCAAAAGAGGACAGGCUCAACGAGUGAACCCGUCACCUAGAACAACAUCAGGCAAGCGGCUCCGCGCGCAACCUGGCGAUCCCAUACCCGUGCGACGACCCCGAAGAUAUCGACCUGGAACACUCGCACUCAGAGAAAUCCGAAGAUAUCAGCAAUCCACCGACCUCUUAAUCCUGAAACUGCCUUUCGCUCGUCUCGUCCGAGAAGUCGCCCUUUCUAUCCUUCCGUACCACGCUGCGCAAGAUCUUCGGUGGCAAAGUCAAGCAAUCCAGGCCCUGCAAGAAGCGAGCGAGGCAUUCCUUGUGCAUCUCUUCGAAGACACAAAUCUGUGCGCCAUCCAUGCGAAGCGGGUUACGAUUAUGCAGAAGGAUAUCCAAUUAGCGAGAAGGAUUCGAGGCGCUUGGGGUGGAUUGGGUUGA